AUGACCUCGCUGGCUCAGUACAACCCCUUCGCCAAGCGCGAGUCGCACGGCCAGGUCUCCAUCACGACCUACAAGGUCCUGACGCUCCUCACCUGGAUCCUGUCCGUCGUCGUGUCCGUCUACUAUACUCUCCGCGCCCCCCAUGAUGGCCACAACCAGAACAGGCGCAUCUGGGCCCAGAACAAGCACCACCCCAGUGCUUUCAGCCUGAACUCGACCAUCUCCUCAAUCUUCUGGAUCGUCCUCUUCAUCCUCCAGGCCGGCUACAUCGGCCAUCUCUUCUCGUCCAAGCAGGAGCUCCGGAACGCCGCCGCCAGCGUUGGCAGCCACUUCAUCGUCAACAAUCUCCUCCAUUUUGCCUUUGUCAUGCUCUUCGUGCGCUCGCACUUCUACUGGGCCGAGGUCUUUAUCGUCGUCAACCUGUUCAACCUGACGUCGCUGUACUUCCGCCACAGCUCUUACCCUCGCUUCAUCCAUACGCCCGUCGUCUCCGCUCCGCUGGCGUGGACGUACGUCGCCCUCUUCUGGAACGGCGGUAUCAUGGUGCCACAUUCGACCGGCUUCAUCGCCCGCGUCUUUGGCAACAUCUUCAUCUGGACCCUCCUCCUCCACGGCCUGGGAUACAUCACCGUCUACAAGGACUACACCAUGGGCUUCUCGCUCACCGUCCUCACGGCUGCCCUCGGCGUCGCGCAGUUCACCCACAAGGUCAUUGCCCUGCAGUGGAUCUUUGCCUUUAUCAUCAUGUCGCUGCUGUUCCUGGCCACCCUCACCGUCGCCGUGCCCGCCUGGAUGGGUAGGGAUAUCAGGUGGAACAGGGGCGUCGUCUUCACUGACUCGGAGCGUGCUCCCCUUCUCAACGAUUCUGCGCCUGCUACUGCGUAG